AUGUGGUUAGAGAUUCUCCCUGGACUCGCCAUCAUGGGGGUGUGUUUGCUCAUCCCUGGAGUGGCCACUGUGAACAUCCACAAGUUCACUAAUGGGGGCAAGGAAAAGAGGGUUGCCCAUUAUUCAUAUCAGUGGAGUUUGAUGGAAAGAGAUAGGUGGAUCUCCGGGGUGAAUUGUUACUAUGUCUCAAAGGGUUUGGAGAAUAUUGACUGACUCAAGGAAGCAUUUUCCUGAUGG